AUGACGAACGUUACGGGACUCGCUGAACGACUAAACCUUUUCACAUUAAUCUGGGGACUCGGAAAUGCCAUCUCAACACUUCCGGAGACCCCGACUCCGAUAGAUAAUUACGAUUGGAUGCAGUGCGAUGAGCCAGCGAAUGACACGAUAUCACAACUUGUCUUGAGAAGGUUAUUUGAUGAUAACUACAACAAGAACACCGUCCCUUUGAAGACGUCGGCGACAGUUGUAUCCAUAGAAUUCGGAAUUCAGAAUAUCGCUCAAGUGUCCGAGAUUUCAGCCAGCUUCACUUUAGAUCUAUUGUUCAGUCAAAUAUGGCACGAUCCACGUCUACGAUUCGAUCAUAUCACUACUUGUCUUCAGAAUCUUACACUUGGAUAUUCUAUGGUAGAGAAAUUAUGGACCCCGAAUGUCUGUUUCGUGAACUCAAAGAAGACAGAAAUCCAUUCGUCGCCAACUCCAAAUAUCUUUUUGAUGAUCUACCCGAAUGGUACUGUAUGGGUCAAUUAUCGUCUUCAAGUCCAGUCUCCGUGUAUGGUUGAUCUGGUUUUGUUUCCAAUGGAUGUUAUGAACUGUGAGCUUAUAAUCGAAAGUUAUGCAUACAACGCUGCCAAAGUGAAACUAAAUUGGCGAGAAUGGCAACCAGUGUUUUCGAUUGCCAAAUCAAAAUUAUCUGAUUUCACUUUAUACGGAUUACAAUGGACCAAAAAUAGUUUUGAAUAUGCAGCAGGACAGUGGGAUCAGCUUACCGUCUCACUCACAUUCUCCCGUGCCUACGGAUUCUAUAUCCUUCAAAUGUAUAUUCCCACAUAUUCAUCUGUUUUCCUUUCAUUUGUCAGUUUUUGGAUUGAUCUGAAAGCAUUGCCAGCGAGAAUUACGCUCGGUGUCAGUUCCCUGAUGGCUCUUACAUUUCAGUAUGGAAACGUUGCGAAGAAUCUUCCAAGAGUUGGUUACGUCAAAUCAAUUGAUGUUUAUAUGGUUCUCACAACAGCUUUCAUAUUUUUGACAAUGAUUGAGGUGGCAUUCGUUUGUUAUCUAGAGAGUGAGAAUAACAUGAGGAGGAAAGAACGUCAAGCAGAGAAGAAAAAAGAAAGAGUUGCCGCUCUGCAGAGGAAAAAGGAUAAAAAGAAGAACAAUUAUGGUGCAACGACGAUGACGAAUACGAAUGCAGCGGACAGUGAUUUGAGAAGUAAUUAUGAUGAGCCGUUUUCGAACGGUACUGCUUCCCACAAAAUCUCAAUAUCUCGCCAGGCAAAUAACAUGUUUGAAUCUUUACAUGCACUCGCUCAAUUCGAAUUUCCAGGAUUACUGGCCGAUGACGACGAUGAAAAUACGAAAUGGACGGCGCAAAAUGUCGACAAAUUCUGCAGAAAGGCAUUUCCAUUAUCUUUUUGCCUACUUAAUCUUAUAUAUUGGUGUUAUUACCUAUACCAAAAUUAUUUAGCGAAAGCAGAAGCUCUUGCUCAAAUGACGCCACCAUCGUGA